AUGCGAAAAUUCAUACUGCUUUUAUUCCAUCUGACCCUUGCAAUCCGAGCAUUCGGUCAAGACUUGAGUCCAAUUUCCCUAACCGCCACCGGAAUAGUCAAUACCACGGUUCUGUCAGUGGAAUACUAUGACUCCGCGCCUGGAAACGAUUCAUUACCGGUUGUUAUUUUGGUCCAUGGCUUCCCUUACUCGAUUGACUCGUACGUGUACGUGGUACCGAAGCUCAAGGUACAAGGGUUUCGAGUGAUAGUUCCUGCAAUUCGCGGCUUUGGGUCUACUACUUUCCACUCAAGAACAACACCACGCAGUGCUGAGCAGGCCGCUUUGGGAAAAGAUAUAAUAGACUUGAUGGACGCACUGAGUAUUAAUCAGGCUAUCUUCGCUGGGUACGAUUGGGGAACAGUUGCCGUGAACGUGGCUGCAGCCUUAUGGCCUGCGCGAUGUUCAGGGAUGGUUGCAGCAAAUUCUUACCUCAUCCAGAACCGAGAUACGGCGUGGGCGGUCGCUUUACCAGACUCACUUGCAACAAGGUGGUACUUUUACGUUUUUCUCACGCCCCAGGGAUACAGCUCUCUAGCGAGCGAUACGAAAAGCUGGGCAAGAUCGCUGUGGUCUAGAAAUAGUCCCAAUUGGACUUUCACCGAAGCCCAGCUUGACGUUGCUGCGGGGGCACUGCGAAAUCCAGAUUAUGUCGACAUUGCAACUAAUUUCUAUCGCAAUCGCCUCCUCUAUGCCCCUGGGGAUCCAAUCUACACAGAACUUGCUGCCGAGUUGGAUAAACAGCCUCCGAUAAAUUCACCUGCCGUGACCCUGGAUGCAGACCAAACUGUUGUGUUUCCAGCGACAAAUGGAAGCUCAACUCAGAAGUUCUUCAAAGGCCCGAGAAGCCACCAUAUUGUGAAAGAUUGUGGUGAGGCAAUCCCGCUAGAGAAGCCAGACGUGUUUGUAGACGCGAUAUUAGAGGUGGUCGAACUAGGAAAGAGAAUAUAA